AUGAGACGACAGAUACGCACCUUGUUUAUUGAAUCGAUUCCACCUAUUCUCUAUCCACCGGCCAUCUUCGUCGGGCUUCUACUCGGCCUGUGGACGUGGAAAUGCUUCUGGAUCAUUGUGAUGCAGAACAAGCUCUUAUAUCUAUCAUGGCUACCACCUUUCUCACGAUCUGAUAAAAUCGCUGAAUACGAGGCUGAAUGCAAGCCCGUGCAAUGGCACGAAAAGCAAAUUCGAAGCCUGGAUGGGACCAAAUUAGCUGUCUGUGAGGGUUUCAUCCCAAGUAAAGACAACCAAAAGCCAGGUAGUGGUGGCAAGAAAACAAGAUCCGUGGUGAUAUGCUACUUCCAAGGCAAUGGCGGCUCGACUCCUCUCCGAUUGCCACUUCUCUCCCAAGUUCUCAGGACUAUUUCGACAAUGUCAAAGGGAACAUCAACAUCCCACGACACCAAGUUCACCAUCGUCGCCCUGUCAUACCGUGGCUACUGGACAUCUUCAGGCCGUGCAACACAGUCAGGGAUUGAACUGGAUGCCCAAGCGUUUCUAAACUGGGUAUCCGAGACAUAUUCAUCUCCAGAGACUGAUCUACAACUCGUUCUAUGGGGCCACAGCCUCGGCUCAUCCGUGGCAAGCUCCGCGCUAGCUACAUAUCUCUCACAGCGCGAGCCUGGAAGAUCCAAAGAAGAUACAAGGCUUGCGCCAAUAUCAGGGUUGGUCAUGGAAGCGCCGACCUCGAAUAUCAAGGAUAUGCUCAUUAGCUUAUACCCCCAACGAUGGCUUCCCUAUCGAUACCUAUGGCCAUUUUCAUGGAAUACCUGGUGCAAUGCAACAAACUUGAGGCGACUGGCAGAGUGGCGAGAUCUAAACUCGCAGACAGCGGACUCAAUACCGCCUAUUUUCAUUCUGUCUGCCGAGAAUGACGAAGUGAUACCACCAUAUGUGGCGGGCCAGUUAGAGAAGAGAGGUCGAGACCUCGGGCUUGAAAUCUCAAGGAAAGAGGUCAAAGGAGCGAUGCAUACGGAAGGUCCAAUGAAGCCGGAUGGCCGGGAAGCACUUGUUAGGUUUAUUUUCGACAAGACCUCGAAGGAAUAA